AUGAAUGAUGACACUGGAACAACAAGGACUACUACUCCACCAGCACCGUCGCCGUCACCGAGGACUGUGCAACACCACGUGGUUCAUCAAGAUGAUACUUCCACAGAGGAGGAAGACAGCACUGGACCAACCGGAAUGGAUCUAUUGGAUAACGAUGCUGAUGCUCAAGCUGUCCAUUUAUCCAAUGAUGACAUGACACUACUUCGCAAGCUGUGUCUUCUUGGCAAGGAAGCAGCUUUGGGGCUUAACCUGUUGACCUGUGCACAUCUUGACACGGCCCCAACUCCAGACACAAUCAAUGACUGGUUUUCAGCUGUUGUUGGUGAUGCCUUCCAUGUAAUGGAUCAAGCAAAAGUUCCAAUGCAACAUGAGGCCAAAAAGACCUAUUUUGUAGCACUCCGCGAUGUCAUUCUUCAGUUUGAUCCCGAUCAGCUGAAAGAGGUGAAGAGCGCAGUGAAGGAAAAAGACGGAAAGACUGAUAACGAGAUAGACACAGACAUCUAUUUCAAUCUGGCCUUCUGGAAGGCAUGCGUCCGAAGACGGAUCCUACCCCCUAGGUUGCUGUACCAGAGGAUCCGAGCUGUUUUUGUUUCUUUUGGUAAUAUGAUUGACUCGAGAAGCAAGAAACCGCUAUUCAAGCUUGCAUGGAAGAAAGCCAACAAUAUACUGAAAGAAGUCUUGCUAGGCUACUACUCUGACCCCCCAGGAUACUCGUUUUAUUCUACAAAGUACAACAAAAGGGGAGAGCCAAUGGUAAAUGCCUAUGGUUUUGAUAUUCUUUGUUGCAGACGUGGGACUAACGACGUGGAGAAUACCCACAAGUUACUUCUGACAAUAUUUGGGACAUGGCAUAUUGGAAUUGAGAUGUCAGAUUGUUUGCUCAGAGAAAGGAGACAUCAUCACAAUCAAAGAUGUUCAGAGCUCUGUCGACUAGGCUUCCCUCGCAUAGGGCAUUUUGACACUUGGAAGAUUGACGCACAGCAGAAUCUGGUCCUGGCCAAUCAUGGAGUCUUGUUGCAUCCAAAUUGGGUCAAUUCAAGCAACUUCAAGAACACACCAGAAACAUUUGGGACUAUUACACUGCAUGAUGCGGAGUUGGCGGAUGCACUUUCAAACAUUCCGAUUGACAAAAAUGUGCGGCUGACUCAUGAUAUGCAGUAUUUGUGCCGGGUGAUGGGAACCAAGCUUCCGUUGCUACCUAUUCACACUGUUGCAGAGCGUCAGCUCUUCUCACAACUUGUGCUACUCGACACUUUUGAUGCUAGGAAAAUGGCUCUGGAAUGGGUCAAAUCGGUAGACGGUGUUAACAUUUAUCCUAAGCUGCCAGUGCAUCUCCAGAAUUAUCGUGUCACUUUCAAUCGGAAUGCAAGAACACGUCAAGCUUUCGCAGAUGCGCAAGAGUCUAGGGAAAUUCUGGCUGCCUUGAAUGAGGCUCUCUGCCCGGAAAUCGAAGGCGUUGAUGGAACUGAUGUACAAGACACUCCACAGCAGUUGGAUACCUACACCAGACAAUGGCCGCCAAUAUGUCCACCACCGCCACUGCUGCUUCCAUUGGCUCCAUCUGCAAUGCAGCUGAGAAAUAUUCAUGUGGGCUGCGUUCUCAUAGACAAGACACCAGAGGUUUCAACCAUAUAUCUAAAUAGGAAGAGACGGAGGAGGGAGAGAGGACCGGAUGCCAGGCCAAGACCGAGGCGCAGAUGUAUGGUGUGCAAGGAAAAGGGUGAGACAGCAUAUAAAUAUUAUCGUCACUGCGUUACGAUGUUGUUGUCUUACGAAGUAGUAGCUAUGAUAGACGGUAGACAGUAUUGUAAUCAAACGUAUUCUUAA